AUCUGCAACUGCAAUUUGCUUCCUUAGCUUCGAUCUUCAUCUUUCUCUAAACUCUAAUAAUAGCAUUCAGUAAAGAGUAGAAGAAGAAAGAUGGCAGGAGUUAUUAGAGUGCGCAUGAUUGUAAUGAGUUUUGUGGUUGUGUGGUGUGCCACAAUCACAAAUUGCAGAUCAUCCCCCCACAUCAACAUAAACAACAACAACAACAACUGCACUUGUGCUUGUGGUACCAUUCAAAACAUUAAAUAUCCUUUCCGAUUAGCCGGUGAUCCCACCUCCUGUGGCCUUCCCGAUUACCAACUUUCCUGCGUAAACAACCGCACCAUUCUUCUUCUCAACUCUAAUAAGUCAUUUUUGGUACUUUCCAUAAAUUAUACAAGGCUUACAAUACGACUUCUGGAUCCUGGUCUUGAAAAGAUGAAUCACAACAACUUCAACUCCUGCUGGCCAGCUUUCCCACGUUAUACUCUGAUGGAGGCCGAUGUGCCCAAACAGUAUUCAUAUUCCAUCAAAACCCCUGUACACUACUACAUGGUUGGGAUAAACGCUCACGCGAUAUUCAUAGGGUGUAGAAAUCCAGCACAAUCCCCCUUAUAUGUGAAGAUGGAUGCCUGCAGUAACAACACUACUACUACUUUGUCCCACUCUUACGUCUUAGAGGGAGGAGGAUAUGAAGGCGAAGGCAUGAUAGGAGAGUUAGAGAAUUCAUGUAGCAUCACAGCGGUUGCUUGGUACUCAUCAUCUAGAACUAGACGAUACAGAAGCACUGAUGAAGAAAUUGGUGAAGCACUGGCUUGGGGGUUUGAGCUCUUCUGGUUUCGUUUCAACUGUACUACUCAACACUGUAUAGUCGGAUCAUCUUAUAAGUACUGCAUCAUUGAUACUGACCACAGCGGCGCAUUCAUCACCUGCCACAAUUACAAUAAUCAUCGGACUCCCUGCGGCCUCUUACAUCGUUGGCCUCGAGCUCGUCAUUUAGACUUCAAUAAUCCCAAGUGUCUACAAGAGCUGUGGGAAAAUGACAGUGAAAUACUAGGCGAAUACAUUAAGUAUAUCGCAUUGGGAAGAUUUAGUUUGGGUUUACUAUUCCUAAUUAGCAUAGUAGUGUAUAAACUACGGCGGCGCCACUUGUCAGCUUAUGACACCAUUGAAGACUAUCUAAGCGGUCCAAACAACCUCAUGCCAAUAAGGUACUCCUACUUUGAGAUCAAGAGAAUGACAAAUAAUUUCAAGCACAAAUUAGGUGAAGGAGGCUAUGGAACUGUGUUCAAAGGAACACUCAGAAGUGGCCCUUUUGUUGCUGUAAAGAUGUUGGGCAAAUCCAAGGCUACUGGCCAGGAAUUCAUUAGCGAAGUCGCCACUAUUGGUAGGAUUCACCAUACUAAUGUUGUGCGCCUCAUUGGCUUCUGUGUUGAUGGCUCAAAGCGUGCGCUCUUAUAUGAAUUCAUGCCCAAUGGUUCCCUAGAUAAAUACAUAUUCCCGAAAGAAGAAAGCUUUUCAUUGAGCCAUGAGAAAAUGUUCGAAAUCUCCCUUGGAGUGGCUCGUGGGAUUGAUUAUUUACAUCGGGGUUGUGACAUGAGAAUAUUACACUUUGAUAUCAAGCCUCAUAACAUUCUUCUUGAUGAGAACUUUAGCCCAAAAGUUUCUGACUUUGGACUCGCAAAACUGUAUCCCGUCGAAGAUAGUCUCGUGUCACUUACAGCAGCAAGAGGCACAAUGGGUUACAUGGCACCGGAAUUGUGUUACAGAAACAUUGGGGGAAUUUCUCACAAAGCCGAUGUUUAUAGCUUUGGGAUGCUGUUACUGGAAAUGGUAGGGAGAAGAAAGAACUUGAAUCCAUUUGUAGAGCAGCUAAGCCAGAUUUAUUUCCCUUCAUGGGUUUAUGAGCAAUUGAAGGAUGGGAAGGACAUUGACAUGGGUGAUGCAACAGAGGAGGAAAAGAAGGUUUCAAAGAAGAUGAUAAUAGUGGCACUGUGGUGCGUACAGAUGAAUCCUAGUGAGCGUCCAAGCAUGAAAAAAGUAAUAGAGAUGCUUGAAGAAGAAGAUGUUGAAUUGCUAGAAAUGGCGCCAAAGCCUUUCUUGUCUCCAGACGAAUUGCCAAUUGAUGAAAACUCGAUUGCAGAUGCUCAAAAUGUGGAGUCGCCACUGUUAUCGGAUAAUCCCGUGCGCUCCUCUAGUCUUGAAGUGUGUGGGAACUAAAUAAUAUGCAGCUUAUUACAAUGCUCUGUUCUGUAAUAUUUUUAUUUUAGUUUGUUUUAUUCCUCAACUACUUUAACAGCCUUGUUUAAUAGCCUAAAUAAACUAAAAUAAUAAAUUUUGUUUUCUGUAUCA